AAUACAUAGGUUUCCCUAAAGGUAGUUGUACUAGGAAACAACUAGUAUAUGAAUUGGGUCAAGGAUGUAAGAAUUGGGUUAUUACGACUCAAAGUCUGAAUAAAAGAUGAACUACUAUUCAUCAAUCACUUGCAAGGAAAAAAUUGAUGUUAACAAGAAGGGGAGAUAUUGCUUGGCUCGUUUGGACGAUUGGGGUUUUUUCAUUGACCGGACGGAAUGUUUUGUUUGGCACUUCAAAUACCAUACCAAAUUCAAGCUCCCUUAUUCUCAUUACCACUACUACGAUGAAUGGACAAAAAAACUGAUCAAGUGUGUUGUUUCCCCUUCAACGCAUGAAUAUUUUCUCAACAAGGAUGAAUACUUAUGCAACAUCUCCCUCUUCUUCAAUGAAGAGCCGUAUUGUCUAAUUUGCAGUCCUCAUUAUAAAAAGUGGGUAAAGGUAAGACUUUAUAAAAAUAGCAGGUUGGUCGACGCGGUCGCCUUCUGUAAUGGUGAGAAAAUAUGCACUUUGUUCCAGAAAGGGAAACUAGGCAUAAUACAAAUGAUCCCUGAAAUAACUACUAGUCUGUCUCCUGUCACAUUCAGGGCACCAACAGAUGCCACUGCUCUCUAUCGACACAGACAUUUGGUAACUUGGCAAGACCAAUUGUUUCUAGUUCAACGAAAAUUCGGAUCACCUUCCGUCUUUGAGGUUUGGGAGGUCGACUUUGAAACAAAUCAAUUCAACAGACUAUACAAUUUGGACGGAUUUAUUAUUUUUAUAUGUGGACGAUCCUCCGCUGCAACUUUUUCAUCUCUACCUCAAGAAAAAAACCAUGUCUAUUUUACACAUAACACCACUUUAUAUGCCUUCCACAUUGGCGAUCAAAGCUUGUCAACCACUAAGCAAUUUCGUGUCUUUAUCCCUCACAAUUCGGUUCCUCUAUUCGCCAGGUCAGAAGGGGCCAAUAUUCAACAUAACACUAGUACUGGAGGCGACAAGUUGAAAAAAUGUCCAUCCGUGCCUGUAGACAGCAACAUUUGCAUCCAUCUUUCUCUAGACCUUCAAAGGGAAAUUUCUCGUUAUCUACUUUCUCAAGAAGCAUACAUGAGUUUCCGCUUGGUGUGUAAAUUAUGGAGAUCCGUUGCUCCUCCAUUACGUUGGAAAGUGGUUGAUCAUGAUCAUUGUUAUGAUCAAGACUCCAUGUGGCUUCUAUCUCUAAACCAAAAGGAUGGUUUGUGCACCUUCUAUAAUCCCUUUAGAAAUUUCAACUGUUAUAUGACCAACAAUGACUUAGUAGGCUGUGAAAUUCGGUAUGCUAAAGAUGGAUGGCUUCUUGUGUCUAGGGGAAAGUCUCUCUUCUUACUUUCGCCUGGGAAACAAAUAAUACAUCUCCCACAAAAAACAGACAACUAUUUCUGCGACACUAUGUCAUUCUCAGCUUCUCCAACUAAUUCUUCUUCUGCCUGGGUAAUCUUUGGUAUAGCUUUCUUAAACUUGUUUCAAGUUAGGAUUUCAUAUUUGAGACAAGGGGAUGAUAAAUGGACUAGCAUCACAACAGACAAUGAGGUGCCUUUCCUACUUUCAUGUUCUAGUCCAGUCUACUUUGGUGAAGAAUUUUAUGUCAUAGGCCAACACGGUGAUGUUGGUGUAUUUGGCUUCUUUAGUGACGGAAACGGAACCCCUUACUGGGUUAUCCAUAAACUUUCUCAACAAUAUUCACCUCCUAUUUCUGGUUCUUGCCGUUUGUUUUUAGUUCAACAGGAUCAAAAUGUGCUACAUUCCGUGGUUGUGACACCACAACAUGAUGUUCAUGUUUAUGAGCUAGACUUUAGACGGAAUCUAAUAGUCAGAUUAAUAAAACAAGUCAAAAAUUGGCUUUUUUUCACUAGCGAAGCCUCGUCUGUUGGUGUUUGUGGCAUGAACGUAAAUGUGGAUAAUGCAGUUUUCUUCCCCACUUUCAACACUUGUAACGACUAUACUUACUAUUCUUUGGAAGAUGUCGCUUUCAAAGUAUUGAAAGACAAUUGUACGGAUAAAACACAACAGAAAGAGCUUUUAAAUCGUGUUUGGAUCCGCUGUGAACUGACAGGGAAUUGAUCUCUCUACUCUCUCUUAUGUAUUGUAGUAGUUUGUUUGUUUUUUUGUUGAAGUGAAUAAAUUAGUCUUAGUUAGACAUGAAGGACCAAUUGUACUUCAAAAGCUUAUAUUGCUUAGCCUUUUAAGUUUCUUU